CAACACCACAGUCAGGACAGAAGACGUCACCACUGGCUUUGAACCCACCCAGCAUCUCUGGACCCCACCCUGAGAGUAAAACCUCCAGCUGUAACCAUCAAGAAGAGGUGAAAGGGCAACCUGCCAUGGCUGCCCCCAUAUUCACAAAGAACCUGCAGGAUGUCAUUGUAUCUGAAGGCCAGCUGGUGGUGCUGGAGUGCCGUGUGAAAGGAACGCCCUCACCCAAAGUGGAGUGGUAUCUGGAGGGAAAGCUCAUUGAGGACUCCGCUGAAUUCAGGAUCCUACAGAAAAAGGAGAUAUGCACUUUGGUCAUUGCUGAGGUCUUUCCUGAAGAUUCUGGAUUGUUUACAUGUACAGCACGCAACGACUACGGAGCCGGGUCCACUUCUGCUGAACUAAGAGUCAAAGGUAAAGGCAACGGCAGCAACCACAUGAGGCCAUCAGCCACUUUAGUGGUUGAGCCCAGUCAGGUUCAAGAGCCGCCCUCAUCAGAUCUGACAGGUCUUGCUGGAAGGCCUCAACCAGAGGUUACUACAACCAGCAGCAUCAAGGCCCACUCAAGGACCAUUCGCCUAGACCCGCUCAUCUCUAGCACCGUACGCCUUGAUCCCUUAAAUACAAGCACGCUUCACCUCGACCCCCACAGCUCCAGCAUGUUACGUCAAGACCCUCUCCACACCACCCAACCAAGCCUGGACCCAUCUAGCCUGAGCAGCAGUUCCUCCAAGAACUCUCACAAUGCCAGCACCUCCUCUUUAACUCUUAGCUCCCUCUACCUUCCUGGACCUAGUCGACCACAUACAGGCCCACAGAGUAGUGGAUCGGUGCUGUCAUGUCCAAAACCCUUCUCUGCUUCAUCUGUGGUUGAGACGUCUGCUAAGCAGGAAGUGUGCAGACCAUCACAGGGAGCUCCCGAGGCAAAUACUGUAACAAGUCCUGACGUUAAGGAGGCUCCAAACCACCUGAAUGAGUUACCGGCUGUAGUGCCCCUUCCUGAUCCUCCUGCCAACUCUUGCUUAAAGACAGGCACCUUGGUGAACCACAAAGACACACGCUCCAGUGCCAGAGCUGGUCUUCAUGUCCACUUCAAACUGCCUGAGGAUGAAGACGAUGAACAAAGUGAUGCAUCCAGUCAAUCCUCUGAAGGCACCACUCAGGCAUCAGUCCUCAAAGAACCCCCACCUGUGCUAGCUAAACCCAAACUGGAUCCGGCCCAGCUCCAGCUUCUACACAGCCAGGUUCUCCUGGAGCAGCAGCAGGAGAGCGAACCUCAGCCCCAAACACAGACUCAACCCUGUGCCCUAGUCCAAAUUCAGCAUGAAAUCCAAAGGUCCCAGGAGGCUUCCCUGUGGCCCCCAAGAAUGCACCGUGAGCCCCGUGCUGCACCUAACACCAUGAUGCCCCCACAGCAAACACCUGCUCCUCCACUGACCUCUGCGGCUCCCUCACCCACCUCAGCGGCUGCAUCCACAAUCAGCUCCACCUUUUCACCUGCUCCUGCUUUUCGCUCAGCUCCACCUCCUGCUCAGCCAAAGACUCCCUCAGUGGUGACCUCCCCUCCGCCUUCCCCACAGCUGAACACAGCUCCAGCCGCCACUCUACACAUGACGGCUGUAACCCAGAAGAGCACCAUCCAUGCCUCCCACCUCAACAUCUCCUCUGCAGCUCUUACAAGAACUGCCUCCUUUGGCACACCACCUGCACCUCCAGCGAGCACACCAGGCACAGAUUCUACCCCAGCCUCGCAGCAGAUCACGUCUCCUGCCACUCUCCUGAGGAGCACCCACGCCUCCCUGAUGAAUCUAGUGACCGCCUCUCAGACCUUCAGUUACGCCCGGCCCAAAGAGUUCAUAGCUGCUCAGACCUUCUCUCCCCUCAGGAGCCCCUCCCCUACAGAAUCCCACGUUCCUCUGCUCCAAGAGCUCGCAGCUGAGCUCAACUCCUCCGCGGCCAGCUCCCCAACUCUGCCGCCGUUUUCCCCACCACCCAGGAUCUUCCCCACACGGGUACUCAUGUCUCCAACCAGCCCUCCAUCACUUGUGAGCUCACCUACUCCAGGGUCAGGUCAGUUCCUGAACAGCAUGUUUGCAGUUAGAGCCCAGUCACCUCCCCAUGCCUCCUCUCCAACCUCUAGCAGCUCCACCCCCAGCCCCAUCCAAAACCCAGUGGCAUUCCUCAGUGCCGUGCUGCCAUCGCUGACCCUGAGUCAGCCUACUAACUCCAUGGGUCUGCCCAAAGGUGCUCCGAUGGGGCUACGUAAGAAGCCACCCAAAGCGCGGCUGUCCGCAUCUGAAGACAUCCAGCACACCAAAGAAACUCUCGUGCAGGAGAUUGACACAAAGCUUCGGUUUAGAGAUGAUAGCACACAAUUUCACCAUCAACAGAAGCUGACUAAUGAGGGGAAAACAGCGAGCAGACCCCUCGGACCAAACAUUCCUGCUACCGUCAUUAACUAUAAUGAGGAGUACAAAGUUUCCAGUUUUGAGCAGAGGCUGAUGAGUGAGAUUGAGUUCCGUUUGGAGCGGGCGCCGGUGGACGAGUCAGAUGACGAGGUGCAGCACGACGACAUCCCCACGGGGAAAUGCAUCGCUCCCAUAUUUGACAAGAAGCUGAAGAACUUCAAAGCUGUGGAAGGUGUGCCGGUGACUCUCUCUUGUAAAGUCCUGGGAAUCCCAAUUCCAAAGGUUUACUGGUUCAAAGACGGCAAGCAGAUCUUAAGGAAGAAUGUUCAUUAUAAGAAGAUAAGAGAGGGGGAUGGACUGUGCGCCUUACACAUCGAAUCCACCACCAGUGAUGACGACGGCAACUAUACCAUCAUGGCCUCUAAUCCGCAGGGACGUGCCAGCUGCUCGGGUCAUCUGAUAGUACAAACAGGACCUCCCCGACACCAUCUCAUACCGAUCCACUCUCAGAGAGUGCGAGCACGCGUUCAGGAGGUUGAAAGUGAUCAAAGUCCGCAGCGCUUCUUUCAACCUCACUUCCUUCAGGCUCCGGGGGACAUGCUAGCUCACGAAGGGAGACUGUGCAGAGUAGACUGUAAGGUGAGUGGUCUACCCAAUCCAGAGCUGAUGUGGCUGCUCAAUGGAAGACCCAUUUAUCCAGACCUGUACCACAAAAUGCUGGUACGAGAGAAUGGCAUCCAUUCCCUGGUCAUCGACCCUGUAACGAAGAGUGACGGUGGAAUGUACACCUGCAUUGCGAGCAACAAAGCCGGGCAGAGCUCUUUUAGUCUAGAACUUAAAGUUGUGGAGAAAGAGAUGAAGCACCCUCCACAGUUUGUGGAAAAGCUGCAGAACAUGGGUAUUCCUGAGGGAAGUCCUGUCAGGUUGGAGUGUCGGGUGGUGGGUUUGCCCUCUCCAGCCAUCUUCUGGAAAAAAGACAAUGACACCAUUCCUAGAACCAAGGAGAGAUUCAGCAUGUACCAGGACUCUACGGGAUACGUGUGUCUCCUCAUCCAGCCAACAACUAAAGAUGAUGCCGGCUGGUACACGGUGUCUGCGAAGAACGAGGCCGGGAUCGUAUCAUGCACUUGCAGGCUUGAUCUUUAUGCGCAGUGGCAUCAGAGCAUCCCUACACCCAUGAAGAAGGUCAGCUCAGGGAGCCGCUACGGCGCCCUGACAGGUCAGGGGCUUGACAUCAAGUCAACGUUCUCCACGUCGGAGACCAGCCCCAUCCUGUUCUCCAGCUCCCCCCCUGAGGUCGCGCUGGAGAGCGAGGAGCUGUGAGCACCACGGACGCCGGUCCUCACAGAUUUGCCUGCACGCCCUGAUACCGGCAUCUAGGAAGAAUCCCGACAGAUUUUUACAGGAUUUGUGUGAUGCAUUUGAAGUGAUACACACGCAGAGCAGAACGGUAAAGAGUUACUACUCAGUGGGUUAGUCUCCAUUCCCCGUUUCCUCAACAUGGAACAUUUCUCAAUCAGAAAACUGAUUUGGAAAGUCUUAGCUCAUGAGCCACCAGAGUCUGUUCUUUGACAGGGUGAAUGAGUCACAUUAGCUUUUCUACACCAUCUGUAGUGAUCGUGAUGUGUUCAGUGCUGACUGAAAAUCCAGUUACACAUUUCACGUUUGUUUUAAUUUGUUCAUAAUUAUUAGUCAAACUCCCAAAGUGGUGCCUGUACCAUUUAUCUUUGGUAGUUGUAGUUUAUCUGAAAGUUUUUAUGAAAAUAAGCAAGAACAGUAAGAACAAUAAUGUAAUCCAAAAUAAAGAUAGCUUAGGUGGACACAUUGUGUGCCCAAAUCAAGACACCUGAAUGUGCUGUUUAGAACAUUUUUAAACUGGCUUCAGCAAAAUGGGAUUUCUGUUACAUUAAACUGAGCAGUUAUUUCUUUAAAGCUACAGUGUGCAGAAUUUAGUGUCAUCUGGUGGUGAGGUUGCAUCAUGCUGUUGCCACUCAGAAAUUUGUUUGCUUCAUA